AUGAGUGCUUACGACAUUUCCACGGCAUUACCCCCAACAGGAGGAAAAUGCGUAAUCACUCCGCGAAGCGGUACAUCACUAAAGACUGACUUCAAUCUGAGCUGUAGCAAUUGGAAAAGUAACAGCAACCCUCUGUCCUACGUGUUUCAAUACAGGCUACAGAAUGGUCUGUCCAGUGUGUUAUAUCGUGGCGUUAACAACACCAUAAGUGCCUCUAGGAUACCACCUGGGAAUAAGGCAGAUAACUUUACUGUGAAGUUCAACGUUACGGUGACUGACAGUUUGGGAAUUUCUGCUUCCCCAUUUCCUUUGACGGUCCAGAUCAAACCAUUUCUUAAUAUCCCAAACCUUCUCAUUGAAAAUGACGGUUCAUUCACUGAAUUAAUCCAAGACGGAAACCUGAGAGAAGCCGCGCUACUUGCGAACUCUGUCUUACAAUCAGUUUUACAAGAAAACUCAGCGGAUUUGCAGAAGAGAUACACGGUAAUGCACAACAUCCUUGUAAAAAUUUCUUCUUUGGAACGAAAAAGUGUCGCGGACCUGCUCCAAAGCUCCUCAGUUAUUGGUUCUGCUCUUCAGGUCUUGGAUAAAGUGAACCACGAGUCACUGAAUAUCUCCUUACUGGCGAAUAUCUCCUUAUCUGCGGUCCGUUCAAUGACGUCCCUUCUGUGGUCUCUUGCCCAGAAAAGAGACAUAGCAGACAUACAGCUCACAACUCAGUCAGCAGAAAACUUGGCUUUAUGUUUAAAUAGCGUGUUGAAGGCGGCAGCAGUGAUGGCCUCAGAGGAUUCAGAAUCAAGUUUUCAAGAACAGGGUAAGAUGUUGGCGAAGAUUGCGAUGAAGGUCAUCGAUAAAGUUUCAGACUCAGUGUUGGCCUUGACUGUCCCUGAUGAAAAAGCGAUAUCAAUCACAGCUGGGCAAUUGUCCAUGACACUUGGAAGAUAUAGCCUCCAGAGACUUUCAGGACUGAAGAUAAAAGCAGGAAAAGGGCGCUUUUUGUUACCGUCUGAAAGCCAAUUCAUAGUCUCCGGUGUGAAUAAAACAAGUUUUGUAGAUGCUCAGAUGUUGUCAUUCUCUUUCAACCCUUACACUUGGGACGGCACAAAGGAGCGAGUUAGCUCUGAUGUUGUAACCCUGCUGUUGAAAAACAACUAUAGCGAGCCUAUUAAAGUAUCGAAUCUCACAGAAGAUAUUGCCGUCAUAGUUACGCCUUCGAAACUUCAAAAGAAAUUUCUAGAGAAGUCAUGGUAUUUCACGAAAUAUGAUGAUAUACGUUUCCACGAGAUAAACGUCAAAUAUGAAAACACCUUGCUAAUCCUGGAAAUAAGACCUCAAGACCCAACCCUACAUCUGUUUGUCUAUAUGCGUUUUGGUCAGCGGCCAACAUCUCAAGACCACGACCUCAAUGCCACAAUCUCUCAAGACAAAAAGUGCGUUUGGAUGCUACGUGCACGUGACCAAAGUCAAGGAAAAACAGUGUGCUCCUUUAAUCCACAUGCACCGAUACAAGUUCUGGCUGAGCAUCCAGGGAAAUACUUUCUUGGCGUGAAAAAUGCCAACGCCACAAUGAAGUUAUCUCACAAAAGACAGAAACGAUCUUGUUUUGAAGAAAAGCGAGGGAAGCGCUCCUGCGUCGAAGUCAAAGAUCCACCACCCACCCCACCCCAGGAUGAAAAUUUCCCUGUGAUUCCAGUUCAUGAUUCCACAACAGAUGAGAACUACACUCUGAAGGUGGCCUUAGGUAGUUGUGUUUACUGGUCAGAAAAAUUUGACAAGUGGAUAUCGUCUGGCUGUCGGGUUUUGGCAGCAUCAGAUCGAUUCAUAAAUUGUAGCUGCAAUCAUUUGACAUCAUUUGGAGGAAGUCUUUUAGUUGAACCGAAUCCUAUUGACUUUGACAAGGUUCUAGUCGAGUUCCAGCAGUUACCGGAAACUGGAAAUAUUGCAGUAAUUGUGGCUAUGGCGGUGGUUCUGUUGUGUUAUGCGUCUGCAAUUGUUAUCGUAAGGAAAUUCGACAAGGAAGACGCGAAAAAUGUUAGUAAAGAACCAGAUUUUGCUUUUGACCAUUACUUUCACGGGGUUUGCUCUCCACUACACUGUAUAACUGUUCAAAACCAAGAUCUCAUUGUAAAAUCAUACCUCCAACUGCUAAGCAUUAUUUUGUGA